AGUCAAUACCAGGGCAGAAAUACAGUUCUGGGACGCACAAAACCGGUAAAGGAGCAAUUCCUAGGUUAGACCUCUCUGGACUCUGUCUCUCUGUACGCGAUUCUGCAGCUGCGACUGCUCUCCCGGCCUUCAAUCUUCCAGAAUCAGAAAUACAGAAGCGGCGAAUUCAAAUUAUUAAGCAAAAUCAUGGAUGCUGAAACAGAAACCACAAUCUCUGAAACAGUUUUGGAGAUCCUAAAAUCCUCAAACAUGGACGAAAUCACGGAGUUCAUGGUCCGUAAAUCCGCAUCUGAGAAGCUAGGUAUGGACCUCUCCCAACCGAUUCAUAAGAAGUUUGUUCGCAAGGUCGUCGAGUCGUACCUCGCCGAGCAACAGGAAAAAGCUGAGCAAAAAGAGGACGAAGAAGGGGAGGAGGAGGAGGAGGAGGAAGAAUCCGAGGAUGAGAAAAAGCCCCGCCAUGGUGACGGCGGAUCCACCAAAGAGUACGAUGACGACGGUGACCUCAUUAUUUGCCGAUUGAAUAAGAAGAGAAGGGUGACAAUAACUGAUUUUAGAGGGAAGACUUUGGUGUCCUUAAGGGAAUACUACUGGAAAGAUGGAAAAGAGCUUCCUACAUCUAAAGGAAUAAGCUUGACUGCCGAGCAAUGGGCAUCAUUCAUGAAGAACCUUCCCGCAAUUGAUAAAGCUAUCAAGAAAAUGGAAUCGAGGGUAGAUUGAGGUGGUCGGUUCUAUUAGUAAUAGAACCAUGUAUCCAUGUUCUUUCACUAUGGUUCUUAGAACAGUAUGGGUAAUAUAUGUCCAGCCAUUUGCUCCCUGCUUCUUUAACUGGUUCCCAGAGCAGUACUUUGUUCUCUAAGUGGGUACAUAUCAUGGUUUUUCAGUCAUGCCAAAUGAACUAGUAUGCCAUGUUCCAUUCUCUUCA